AUGUAUUUGACCUUUUUUUUGGCAUUUUCUGGCCUAAAUUCUCUAUUUAAUGAUUUACUUUAUCGUUCAACAAAUCUACAUUUAAAUUUUACACGUAAUUGUAAUUAUCAUAUAUUACCGAUAUCAUUGAAUGUUAAUCGUCUCCGAUCGUUAAAAUUAUCAAACACAUUUUUAUUUUCUAUUGAGAAUUUUUUUCGUCAAUAUCCAUUAGAAUCAUUUGAACAACUUCGUUCAUUUACAUUAAUGCGACUGCGAAUAAAAGAUAAUAUCGAUAAUAUUGUUAAAUUAGAACAUUUGUCAUCAUUAAUACUGUAUUUGGAUGAUGAUAAUUCUAAUGGACAUAAAAUUUUUGAACAAGUGUUUAAUGGACCGUUAUCUUCAAGGUUAAAACGCUUUGAAUUGCAUCAGUCUUCAAUUAAUAAAACACCUGUAAAAGUGAGGUGUCAACACGGUCUAUCAAUUGAACAUUUAUGUUUUAAUACACAGUUUCAAUACAACAACAAUUUUAUACAAUUAUUAUCAUUUAUGCCACGGAUAAAAUCAAUUACUAUCGGUCCAUUAUGGAUUCAACAGAAAGACGAUAAUAUAUCACCCGCGAUUGACUUUCAAAUAAUACCAACAUCAAUUCCAACAUUAUUUUAUUUGAAUUUGACUCUAUCUUCGGUAAAAUUUAGUCAUCUUGAAGCAUUCUUAAGUAAAUAUACACCAAAUUUAAAAUAUUUAUUAAUUAAAACUACAGAUAAUAACUUUGCAAAUGGUGAAAAAUGGGAAAUUCUAUUUCAUACAUCAUUGACAAGAUUAAAACAUUUUUAUUUAGAGAUAACAUAUUCAAUAUAUUAUUCAAUAGAUUCUUUUAUUGAUAUGACAAAAUUUCAAACAAACUAUUGGUUAGACAGAAAUAUUGUUAUUAAUAAGUUAAAUAAUCAAUUUAUUGUUAAAUUUUAG